AUUCCUCCACACAUGGAACUGAGCUGCCCAGAGCCCAAGACUUUCAUCAGGAUUAUUAGUGCAUUUUAUGGGAGAAGUUACGGAAGCAGCUGUGGUGACAUCUGCUGUCCAAAAGAAUCAGACUGUCAAGUUCAUGUGGAAAAGAGCCGACCAGAAUCCUAUGAGCAGUUGGUUGAGCAGUGCUCAGGUCAGAGUCACUGUGUUGUGUUGGUUGAGCAGGGACCAAUGUGGGGAGUCAAGUGUGCAUUUGGUGGAGGCUAUAGCAACUACAUGCAUGUGGUGUAUGAAUGUGUCAAAGUGUUAAAGACAACUGUGUCCAUGUGCCAUGGUGUGCUGCCAGGCCACAUAACUCUUUUCUGUGACGUCGGCACUCACAUAAGGAUCCACGACGCCAUCUAUGGUCGUGCCCCUGACCUCUCCUGCCCCCACAGGUGUUGCCCCAGGGAUACAGACUGCACUGUCCCCCUGGCUGUCAGAACCCCAGGGGUGUACAGGACCAUGGUUGGGGAUUGUCUCGGGAACAGGGAGUGUAACGUGCCUGUGAACAGGGUCCAGGGCAUGUGUGGAAGCCAAUUUUUGUCCAGCAACUAUGUCAACAUCACCUAUGAAUGUAUACCGGUAAGUAUUACAAACACUAUGUGUGAGGAGGGAGACCGUAUAUUAGAUGAUGGCCACAUUCUCAGUGAAAACUACCCACGGUCUGUGCUAGGCAACGACUUUCGCAAAUGCACAUGUGCAAUUACCGCAGAGCCCAACAAUGGCAUCAGCAUAUCUGCCAUUGAGCUCCACAUGUACGACGAGUUAGGAUGUGAGCACCAGCAGCAACUCGUAGUAAACAGUCGCAGCAGGUCCACCAGUGUUUAUUCUUGUGACAAAAGAAGUAAUGUCAUGAUGUAUGAAGUUGCUGGUGGACAGGUCAACAUUACUUUUCUCAAUACUGUUCAGAAGGAUGCAGGGAGAUUUUGGCUUCAUUAUAAAGCCAGGAAUGGUCCUGUAACAGUGAACUGUACUUCAAGCAUCCCAGUAACAACAACUACAACUUCAGCCACAACACCAACUACAACUACAAUUCCAACUACCACUACUACUACUACUACAACUACCACAACUCCUGCCACCACUACAACUACCCCUCGUACUACAACAGUCAAACUUACUACAACUCCUCCCACUACUACCACUACAACUUCCACCACAACCAGAAGAAGCACCACAAGGCGCACCACUACCACCACUUCAUCCACAACACUUACUACACCUAGCACCACCACCACAUUUAGAACUUUUGAUGCUUCUUCUACACCCUAUCCUGUCUCUCCUUCCCAAAGACCAAACGUGUACAAAUCUGAUGACAUGAUAACACCAAGAACAACUACAGAUGUGCAACCAACAAACACAGUAGAAAUUGGCAUCAUACUAAAUGAGAUAAAUGAAGCGGUUUCCAUCAAUGUAUCAGAACACUCUACAACAACUCAAGCUACAUUCAUUGAAGAUCCUAAUAUUAAUAUGGGUAUUGUAUUGGGUGGUCUGGCAGUCUUGGUGUUGAUUGUGGGGAUCAUAGUGGCAAUUUGCCUUAAAGCAAAAAACCACAGAGAGCAAAGGGAUCGCCACCGCAGUCUCCGUGCCUCAGCUCAGAGAGGCCAGCGCGAUAGUGUCUCCAGUACCUACAGCAACAGCAACAAAGUCAACUACUCCAACCCAAUUCAACACCAUGGCAGUAAUACCAUGCCACUGCCUGGAAAAUCACACCAUCUACAGGAAAAACCUAUGGGAAGAUACAAGUACAACCAGGGAAGGAAUGGAGGGCCCCCUAGCAGAACACAAAGCAGUAAUUCAAUGAACAGGCCAAGAUCUAUUAACAGCAGUCAAAACAUCAGGGGAUAUAAAAACCCUGCCUUUAGAUAGUGAUAAGGAUGUUUCCUGCUUCAUUCAGAACAUUAUGCCUGAAAAAUCAUGAGGACUUGCUUAUCAAUGAGAAAAAAAACAUUUUUGUACUUAGAAGGUUGUACAGUGUGUGUGUUAUGUUUUCUUAAUAUGGUGUUAUGCCUUUUUGACAAAGGUAAAAAAAGUAUU